AUACUCAAAGUUCUGCUGGGAUUCAGGCAUCAAGCUGCACUGACGGGGACAGACAGGCAGAAAACAGAGACGACAGAAACAGAUAAAGCUGCAAUCAAGACUUCCAAAAUGCUUCACCUCUUGUCUUUCCUCUCUUUAUCCUGCUUUGCUGUGUUCUCUCAAAGCCAAGGUCAAGCCUCUCUCAGCCGCUCCAAUGAUCCCAACGGACGUUGUGUCUACUCCUUCGCUGUAGUGAGUCCGCAGGAGUCCAGUUGCCCCGGAGGAAGUGCCAAAUCAGAGAUGGAUGAAGUCCUGACCAGACUCACCUUGCUUGAAGCUCUGGUCAGUCAGCUGACAGCAAGAGGGGAGCAGGGAACCGCCUCUGGCGGGCUGAGGCGCAGCGAGGAGAAUCUUCGGGAGGCUUACGCCCAGGUAACAAGAGAAAGAAACCAGCUGCAACUGGACCAGGAGCGUCUGAACGCACAAGUCCAGAAGCUGCAGGGCACAGUGGCCGAGCUAAACCGGGAGACGGAGAGGCUCCGGCAGAGAUCCUGCGAGCAGACGCACACCUCAGGUGGAACCCUGCAUGAAAACAGACCUCUCAGAGACCGUGGAUAUCACUUUGAAAAUACCUCCUAUCAGGAAAUGAAGGCUGAGGUGAGAGAGGUCCCUGCAUCCCACCUCCUUCCUGAGGGAAACCAACGAGCAAGUAGUCCAAAGAUGAGUUCCAACAUUUCCUCAGAAUGCGGAGAGUUGUUGUCUGUGGGAGACCCUGUGCUACACAGAAAAGCUGAUGCCAUCACAGGGAAGUAUGGAGUGUGGCUUCAGGAUCCAGACCCUCAGGGGCCCUAUUAUAACAACAAGACGGUGUGGCGAAUCGAUUCGGUUGGUAAAGAAAUCCGCCAGCUCUUUGUGUAUGAAGAUAUGGAUCAGUUUUCCAAAGGCUUUCCCAUGAAGGUCCUGGUUCUUCCGGAGCCAGUGGAAAGCACAGGGGCCACCGUGUACCAAGGUUCCCUGUACUACCAGCGCAGACGCAGCCGGACCCUGCUUCGCUACAACCUCACCUCAGAGAGUCUUGCAUCCCGUCUGGACUUGCCUCGUGCCGGCUUUCACGGACAGCACCCGUACUCCUGGGGCGGCUACACGGACAUCGACCUGGCGGCGGACGAGCAGGGGCUGUGGGUCAUCUACAGCACAGGUGAAGCGAAGGGGGCGAUUGUUAUUUCCCAGCUGGAUCCCGCGAGCCUGGAAGUGAGGAGGAGCUGGGAGACCAAGAUCAGGAAGAACGCGGUUGGCAAUGCCUUCAUGGUGUGUGGACGCUUGUACACGGUGGCCAGCUACACGACACCCAACACCACCAUCAAUUACAUGUUCGACACCGCCACUGGUGAGGGCCAGGCCGUCGCCGUGCCCUUCGUGAACAAGUACCGCUACAACAGCAUGGUGGACUACAACCAUGCCCAGAGGAAGCUGUACGCCUGGGACAACUUCCACAUGGUCACCUACGAUGUGAGACUGGGAUGGGUUGGUCAAGGAAGAAGCUAAAUGGGACUUAAAGAGACUCGUGUUCAGAACAUACCUACAUACAACUGGUUUCAUUGGGCAUGAUUUUUGUAAAGCUUUGACACUUUUUUUAAAAAGAGAAAUAAAAACUGCAUUAUGUAUCUUAUUUUAAAAAACUGUCUUUUUGUUUGUCUUUGUUUCCACGUUUGUUAAAACUGACUCCAUUUUGUGUCAUCUGCAGAAAUACAGCACUCGGUCAGAAACAACCAAUGAGAACCGGGAGCAGGGUCUUAACACUGUUGAUCACCCACAUGUACACGCUGCUCACAUCUUUCCCUUGCUCUCUGCUACACUACAGCUUCUUCCAGAUAAUGAAGUCUGUCAUGAGCGCUAAGGCUAGUUAGCAUGGCCACAGAGGAUACUGGAUGAACUGUUUUCCUGGAAAAAGUGUACACGAAAACCUCCUCCUGGCUCUGAUUGGUCAUUUCUGGCCAGAAGCGGUGCACUUCUGCAGAUGGCAAUAGGACCACUGGAUGGAGUAGGAGAAGCUUGAUUUUCUCACACAUUAUCGGUGUCGUAUUAUGCUGUCCCAAGAAAGAGUUUUAACAAGUAAAUAAAUGAAAGAACAUAUUUUUGUAAAAGUUAGAUACUGCAGACUUAAGAGUUUCUCUCAAUGUUUUUUUCCCCUUGUAAUUAAUGUGUCUUAAUAAGAGCUGUGAGGCACAUAGUGGAUCUUCUGUGCUCUGUUUUUAACUGUUCAAUAAAGA